UCCGAUUUACGCUCUCCUCUUUCUUCUUCCUAUAAAAAGUAGGCCGGCCCAUAAAAAUCCCCACUUGUCUCUCUCAUUCUCAUUGGUGCCUUUCGUAACUCCGUUUUAACAGUUACCAAUAGACCGUCAUUCUCGUAUUUAUAAACGGUUUUCUUCUCCAUCGCCUAUCAUGGCUCAAACUACCAAUAUCAGCUUUUGAAAUAUAUAAACACUUUUAUAUUAUUCUCAAUUUCAAUUUUUGUAUUAGCAAAAUGUGGAGAACUUCGUGUAAUUUAUUGAAACGUACUGUUACAUCAGCGUCUAUCAGUUAUGGGAAAAGAACAUUUCCCAUUUCGGUCAUGGAUGAUCGAUCCGGGUGUUUUUGCGGGUCGACCCGAUUGAUGGGUGGGUACUAUUUCAGUUCAGUUUCAACAGGGAAUGGGGAAAACAAGAAUAAUGUGAAUAAUGGUGAUUUUAUUACGCACGAGGAAGCGAAAAGGCUGAUGAGAUUGGUGAAUGUUGAGGAGCUGAAGUGGAAAUUAGGGAUGGAAAAUACGGAGGUUAUUGGGUACAGUGAGCUGUUAAAAGCUUGUGAAAAAAUGGGUGUGGCUAAAACGCGUGAUGAGGCGGUUGGUUUUGCUAGAGUACUUGAUGAAGCUGGUGUCAUUUUACUCUUCAGAGAUAAAGUUUACCUUCAUCCUGAUAAGGUAGUGGAUGAAAUUAGAAAGGCAGUUCCCCUUGCACUUCUACCCGAUGAUGACCCCACGAUAGAUGAACUAAGGAUUCUGCAGGAGACGAUGAAUAAAAUUGAUGAGCUUGCACAUAAACAAGUGCGUCGCAUUUUAUGGACUGGGUUAGGAGCUGGCCUUUUGCAAGUCGGUCUCUUCUUCCGUCUAACGUUCUGGGAAUUCUCUUGGGAUGUGAUGGAACCAAUUGCUUUUUUCACAACUACUACUGGGAUAGUAGUAGGUUAUGCUUAUUUCCUUGUUACUUCUAGAGAUCCGUCAUACCAAGAUGUGUUGAAGAGGCUCUUCCUCUCAAGGCAGAGGAAUCUGAUCAAGAAGUAUAAUUUUGAUAUUCAGAGGUUUGUGGAAUUACAAAAGAAAAUCAGAGUACCAGUGAGUACUCGAGCUUCAAUGAAACAUCGGUUAGGGGUGGAGCUGGAAGCUGAGGAUCUUUUACGCGGUCACUAAAUCACAUUGGUCUCUGAUCAUCCUCUCUUUGACCCUCAACUUCUCACAUAAUUAUUUCACUAAACUUUUACCUUUCAACCAAUGUAAGCCCUUCAUUUUCCUAGCGGAGGGUGAAUAUCUCAGCUGUUGACAAUUGUCCCUGCUUUUACCUUGUAAUUUGAAGGUUGUAUUACUAAACUCUUCUCUUACAACAUAGGCUUAGAAAGUAGUUCUAACCAUUGCAAUUCCUUCAAAGCCUCCUACUCUGAAGUUGUCAGCCUCUCAUAUAUUUUUGAAGCUGUAACUAGAUACUGAUGCUAUAUCAAUGAUUUUGAAAUUUUGGUAUUUCGACAA